ACAGAUUAUUAUUGUGGUUAUUUUGAUUUUGAAUCUAAUUUUUAAUUCUUACCUAAUCUUUUUUUUUUAGGUUUUAAUUUUUCUUUGGUUUGCUGGACAUCAGACUGUCUCAUUCCGUGAUGUUGCAGACAGAUUCUGCAUAACAAUAAGCAGCCUGUUCAGAAUUGUGAGGCGUCUGACACACGUUAUAAGCUAUAUGGCUAGCACCGUGAUAACCUGGCCAAAUGAGCAAGAAAAACAGGAAACAAGAAACUUUUUCCAAAUAAAAGGAUUUUCCAAUGUUAUCGGAGCUAUUGAUGGGUGUCAUAUACAUAUUGACAAACCUUCCUCAGACCCAGAUUCUUACUAUAAUAGAAAAAAAUGUUUUUCAAUUCAUAUGCAAGCAGUUUGUGACCAUAAAAAUAAAAUAAAGAGUGUAUUCAUCGGAUUUCCUGGGUCGGUCCACGAUGUUAGAGUUUUUAGGAGGUCACCAUUGGCUACUAACUUGGAAACUCUAUGUGGAGAAAAUGUAAUUCUUGGAGAUAGUGCAUAUCCUUGCCUACGUAAUCUAAUUACACCAUUCAAAGAUAAUGGUAGAUUGAGCCGUCGGCAAAUAAACUUUAAUAAAACCCUUUCAUCAAGUCGGUAUGUUAUUGAACAUUGUUUUGGUUUGCUCAAGCAAAAGUUUAGGCAGCUUUACCACUGCAAGCUCCGCAAAAUCGAACAUAUAGCACAUUUCAUUAGAGCUUGUUGUGUAUUGCACAACUUGGCUAUUGAUGAUGAAUUCCAUAUGAUGAAUGAAUGUGAAGAUGAAAUUAAUAAUGUCAAUGAAAUUCAACUGGCCGAUGACAAUGAUGCAGGAGCUGAUGUCCCCGAAGGAACAGAGUAGUAUACAUUUGUAUGUU